AUUUUUUAUUCUUUAAAUAAAAUGUCAAACGAUGAUAGAACCGAAUUACAGCUGUUACGACAAGAAAACGAACUAAUGAAGAUGCAGCAUAAUGCCAUGGAGCAACAAAUUGUUGAAUUACAAAGCCAAGUAGCAAAUUUACAAAAAGUCAUGACGCAAGUGCUUAAAGAUUUAACAGGUCAUGAUGAGCGUCAUGCGACCAUGCUUGGUGAAUUAAAUGGACUCAAGGAAUCAGUAAUGGAUUCCAACAGUCUAAACAUGACAACAGAGGAUUCUGGGUCUUCUAUGCGCAGCAUUCCUGCACCUUCCAAAGUGCUUGUCAACAACCAAAAGAAAAAAGACAAUAGACUGUUUGAACUACGACGCAUUACCAAAGAUUGUAUGCAUGUCGAUGAUGAAGAAGCAGGUUUACGACUGUAUAAAUUACAAAAGACAAUGGUCCAUGUAGUUUCCGAUUUAAAAAAUUACAUGAAGGAUAAAAAUGAAGAUGUUUGUAAAUCAUGGAAAUCGAUUGAUAUUAGUACGCAACGUAUUGCCUUUGAAAUGGUCGAACGAGAGGCGGUUAGUUUGGGUGUACCGCUGAAUCUUUGCAUAGGAUAUUGGGGUGCAAGAAGGCUCAUCAGUAAAUCUUGGGCAAAUGCUCUAAGGACAACUAAAAAACACGUUGGAUCAGGAGAUCCCGAGAAAGAUGCUGAUGAUAGUUCAUGUGCUGAGAAUCACAAGAGAUCCAAAUUGCAAUAAGAGCUUUAUUGUAGUCGGAGUAACAUCAAGCAUUUUUAUGCUUUGUUUGUGAAACCUAUUUACACUUCAAAUCCAGACAUGUUGACAAAAAAGAAAGGUCUUAAUGAAUACACAACAUGUGCUCUAUGUUCUUUAAAGUAUUCGCAACUCAUACACUCGCCAAUCAAGAAGCAAUGUCUCUUUUUUCAUAGUCCCAUGAUAAUAAAAUCACAUCGUUUCAUUUUUGUAUUAUCAA